GAAGGACCCUACCUAGGCACCAUACUCCACCAUGAAGCUCCUGAUCUUGGUCUGUGUGUUGGCGGCUGCUGUAGACGCCGCCCCUCAGGGCUAUAGCCUCCCCGCGCCCUCUGGAGGAGGGCUCUCCCUGGGCGGCUCAGGUGGAGGUGGUUUCGUCUCUGGUGGUGGCGGAUUCUCCUCUGGAGGUGGCGGAUUCUCCUCUGGCGGUGGUGGCGGAUUCUCCUCUGGCGGUGGUGGCGGAUAUUCUUCUGGAGGAGGAGGCGGAGGCAUCAUCUCUGGAGGCGGAGGUGGAGGCAUCAUCUCUGGUGGUGGCGGAUUCUCCUCUGGUGGUGGUGGCGGAUUCUCCUCUGGAGGUGGAGGAUAUUCUUCUGGAGGCGGUGGUGGAGGCACCAUCUCUGGAGGCGGAGGCGGAGGCAUCAUCUCUGGAGGCGGAGGAUUCGUCUCUGGUGGUGGCGGAUUCUCUUCUGGUGGUGGUGGUGGUGGUGGCGGAUUCUCGUCUGGAGGUGGAGGAUAUUCUUCUGGAGGCGGAGGCGGAGGCAUCAUCUCUGGAGGCAGCUGUGGUGGGGGACAAGUCCGUCACGUAGAUGGCAGCUGCGUGACUCCCCAGAUCACCAGAAACCUGUAUGUGUUCACAGCACCUGCAGUGUCGCCAAUCACUGGCCCUCGACCAAAUGUCCCUCUGCCCAGGGUGCAGCACAACAUACUGUUCAUCCACGCCCCUGACGGAAUCCUGAGCCAGGAGCCAAUCGUCGUGCCCCCGCCACUCCAAAGGAACGUCGUGUACGUCCUCAACAAGCGCACUCAGCUCGACCAUAAGGUGGUCCAGGUUCCAGUGCCUGAACAGCAGACUCCUCAGGUGUUCUUCGUCAACUAUGGUGAAGGCGACAACCCGACUCUGCCCACCGGUGGGGACCUUCAGUCGGCUCUCAGCUCCGCGUCUCAGGGUGGCGGCCAGCUGAUUGGUGGUUCCCAUGGCGGUGGUGGUGGAAGCAUCGGUGGAGGAGGAAGCAUCGGAGGCGGUGGCAUUAUAAGCGGUGGAGGAAGCAUCGGAGGCGGUGGCAUUAUAAGCGGUGGAGGCAGCAUCGGAGGCGGUGGCAUUAUAAGCGGUGGAGGCAGCAUUGGAGGCGGUGGCAUUAUAAGCGGUGGAGGCAGCAUCGGAGGCGGUGGCAUUAUAAGCGGUGGAGGCAGCAUCGGAGGUGGCGGCAUCUCAGCGCCAUCCGGCCAGUACGGAACGCCCACACCUCCGUCUUCACAAUACGGAACACCCUAAGCAACAAUGCCAUAGGCAGCUGCUUUCUCCCUUUUCUUCCCUCUCACUGAAUACAUCAAUAAAGCUCUUCGCACGAAGAUAAAAUUUGAUGCCUAUAUUACGCUUGCCACAAGGAAGGGGCCGCAGUUAUUUAUAUUUAAUUUGAAUUAAAUGUUUACAUCAAAUAAGGAGUUUUCGCAUAUUUUUUGUUAAUGAUUAAAUAAAGAUAGAAAACAUUUUCAA